AUGGUCCGCAGGGCCCCUAACCGCCUGCCCUCCCUCGGCCGCAGUGCUGCUUGGCAGAGCGGCAAGAGCAGUGAGGGCUACGGGGAGCUCCGGGUGAGAGGCCAGGCUGGGCUCCUGCAGCGCCGGGAGGAUGCUCGUUGGCCGGUUGUCCCGUGGAACGUCUCUCCACCCGGCACACCGUCUCUGCAGCCCUGCGCGAGGUUGGCAAGGCGGCAGGAAGUGACUCGCCAUUACAGCACAGGCCGGACACUCGACUUCUGCACCAAGGGUGCUGCCUGUCCCCCUGUUUAUUCUCGCCUAACUCCUGUCAAUUCUUACUGCUCCCAGGUGUUCAAACGCUUCGUCGAGAUUGGCAGAGUUGCCUUCAUUUCCUUUGGGCCGCAUGCUGGCAAGCUGGUGGCCAUUGUGGAUGUUAUUGACCAAAACAGGGCACUAGUUGAUGGCCCCUGCAGUGGUGUCAGAAGGCAGGCUAUGCCCUUCAAGUGCAUGCAGCUGACUGACUUUGUUCUCAAGUUCCCACACAGUGCUCGUCAGAAGUGCGUGCGACUUGCCUGGGAGAAGGAAAAUAUAAAUGAAAAAUGGGCAGCGACAAGAUGGGCAAAGAAGAUUGAAGCCCGAGAAAAGAAAGCCAAAAUGACUGACUUUGAUCGCUACAAGGUUAUGAAAGCAAAGAAAAUGAGAAACAGGAUCAUCAAGCAUGAAAUGAAGAAGCUCCAGAAGAUGUCUUCUAAAAAAGGCAAGAAGCCAGAGAAGUCAGAGAAGCCAGAGAAGUCAGAGAAGGCGCAGAAGUCAGAGAAGGUGCAGAAGGCACCGAAGGCGCAGAAAUAAAAUGAACUUCUCGUUAUGUAUGA